CCCCAGCUCGGCUCCCCUGAGCCCCGCCAGACCCCGCUCCGCCCGCGCCCCGCUCGGCUCCCGCAGCCCUGCCCGGCCCGCUGCUCCCUCCGGGGGGCCAUGGGGGCGCCCCCGGGCUACCGGCCGUCGGCCUGGGUGCACCUGCUCCAUCAGCUACCCCGCGCCGACUUCCAGCUCCGGCCCGUGCCCAGCGGCUUCGCGCCCCAGGAGCAGGAAUACCAGCAGGCCCUGUUGCUGGUGGCGGCCUUGGCAGGCCUGGGCCUGAGUCUGAGCCUCAUUUCCAUCGCUGUGUGCCUCAUCCGCUUCUGCUGCUGCCGCCCCCCACAGCCCCCUGGGCCCCAGAGCCCCUCCCCCGGCAAUGGUUGUGCCAUCUGGAGCUGCAUCACUGCCCUUCUCGUCGGCUGCGCCGGCAUCGGCAUCGGUUUCUAUGGCAACAGCGAAACCAGUGAUGGGGUGUCGCAGCUCAGCGCGGCCCUGCUGCACGCCAACCACACCCUCAGCGCCAUCGACGACCUGGUGCUGGAGACUGUGGAGCGGCUGGGUGAGGCCGUGCGGGUGGAACUCACGUCCCUAGAGGAGCUAGUGGCUACGCGCACGGAGCUGGUGGCCGCGGCCCGGGGCGCCCGGCGGCAGGCUGAGGCCUUGGUGCUGCAGCUCCAAGCACUGGCCUUCUGGCAGGGGGUGCCCCUGAGCCCCCUGCAAGUGGCUGAAGAUGUCACCUUCGUGGAAGAGUACAGGUGGCUGGCUUACGUACUCCUGCUGCUGCUCCAGCUGCUCGUCUGCCUCUUCACCCUCCUGGGCCUGGCCAAGCAGAGCAAGUGGCUGGUGGUGGUGAUGACGGUAAUGAGUCUUCUGGUUCUCAUCCUGAGCUGGGGCUCCAUGGGCCUGGAGGCAGCGACAGCUGUGGGCCUGAGUGACUUCUGCUCCAGUCCAGACACCUACCUCCUGAACCUGACCCAGGAGGAGACGGGGCUGGGCUCAGACAUCCUGGGCUAUUAUUUCCUCUGCAACCACGCCGUCUCCAACCCCUUUCAACAGAGACUGACUCUGUCCCAGCGAGCUCUGGCCAACAUCCACUCGCAGCUGCAGGGCCUGGAGAGAGAAGCCGUCCCCCAGUUCCCUUCUGUGCAGAAGCCUCUGCUGUCCUUGGAGGAGACGCUGAACGUGACAGAAGGAAACUUCCACCAGCUGGUGGCACUGUUGCACUGUCGCAGCCUAAAUAAGGAUUACAGUGCUGCGCUGCGGGGUGUGUGUGAGGACGCCCUGGAGGGGCUGCUGUUCCUGCUGCUCUUCUCUCUGCUGUCUGCUGGCGCCCUGGCCGCAGCCCUCUGCAGCCUACCCCGCGCCUGGGCCCUCUUCCCGCCCAGUGACGACUAUGAUGACACAGAUGAUGACGACCCUUUCAACCCUCAGGAAUCCAAGCGCUUCGUGCAGUGGCAGUCAUCUAUCUGAGCCCCUCCUCCGCACCAGGCCCGAGUCUGUCCCCCCUCUCCGGGCCCUCCCCGGCAGCCGGAGGAGACCCCACUAACCAGCCUGACUGGGCCCCCCACUUAUGACGCCCCUGGCCAUGGACACCCCACGCAGCUGCCUCCGGCCCGCGGGUGAGGUGAGGGACAGCCCCGGACCCGUCUGGAAGGGGCCACUUGCAGCACUAACACGGGAGCAGUGACUCAAAUAAAAGGGACUUUAUUUUA